GAGCUGCAUUUGCACUUUGCAUGUGUGUGUGUGUGUGUGUUGGGAUCAUGUCACUGGCUCUGAUCUCCACGCAAAUACAUUUUUUUAAAUGUAUUUAUUGAUUUAUUCUAAGAAAUGCACCCUGACAGUAGCGUGUGCGUGGAGCUGUCGGCCACAUGUGGAUUCUUGUCGUGCCGUGGAACAGAAGAGCAGGAGAUGACACUCGCCCCCGCACGGAUGCUGACAGUGGUCAUGAGUGAGAUUUAGUUGGUUUUUUUUUUGGAUGCAUUGGAUUUGCCGUUGGAGCGACAGAAGACGCGCAGUCACAGAGUGUUUGGGUUUGGGGAAUAUAAGAGUCCAAACAUGCAGACCAUGUUCCAGUGUUCCAGCUGUGACAAACCGAUCGUGGACAGGUUCCUGCUCAAAGUUCUGGACAGACCGUGGCACACCAAGUGCGUCCAGUGCACCGACUGUAAAUGCACUUUGACGGAGAAGUGUUUCUCGCGAGAAGGCAGACUCUACUGUAAGAACGACUUCUUCAGGAGGUUUGGGACUAAAUGUGGCGGCUGCUCACAGGGGAUUUUACCCAGUGACCUGGUCCGCAGAGCCAAGAGCAAAGUGUUUCACCUCAACUGUUUCACGUGCGUCAUGUGCAACAAGCAGCUGUCCACGGGGGAGGAGCUCUACAUCCUGGACGAGUUCAAGUUCGUGUGUAAAGACGACUAUCAAAACAACAACAACAACAACAACAGCAACGACAACAAUAACAACAGCAACGGGAAAGACACAAUCCUCCUGGCAGUCACGACGUCCAGUGAGCCCAGUCUGUCUCCGGACUCGCAGCAGGACCCGCAGGACGACGGCAAGGACUCGGAAGCGGGACAUUUGUCUGACAAGGACGCGAUUUGCAACAACGAGAACGAGGAGCAGGGAACCGCCGGGAAGCGCCGCGGGCCUCGAACCACCAUCAAAGCCAAACAGCUGGAGACACUGAAGGCGGCGUUCGCUGCCACGCCGAAGCCAACCAGACACAUCAGAGAGCAGCUGUCCCGAGAGACGGGCCUCAGCAUGAGAGUCAUCCAGGUUUGGUUCCAGAACCGCAGAUCCAAAGAGAGACGCAUGAAGCAGCUGAGCGCUCUGGGCACGCGCAGGCACGUGUUCUUCCGCAGCCCGAGGAGAAUGAGAGCGCUGGGAGAGAGACUGGAGCCCGGAGAGCUCGGACACUUCCCUUACUAUGGAGAUUACGGCGAGUACUACGGCCCGGGAGGGAAUUACGAGUAUUUCCAAGGUCCACCAUCAUCUCAGGCUCAGACUCCAGCAGACCUGGGCUUCAUCCCCUCCUCUGUCCCUGCGGGAACCCCAUUAGGAGCCAUGGACCACCACCAUCAGCACCACCACCACCACCACCAUCAGGGACACCACUGUCCAGGAGACGUGCAGUGCUUCUCUGACGCACCGGUGUCUCAUCACCCGUUGGAAUCGCCCAGUCCUGAGCCCGGCGGACCGGGUUCGAUGCACAGCAUCUCCAGUGACAUGUGUGGACCCAGCACACCGUCCUACACCACAGUGUCCCUCAGUGACAACGGAUACUCCAACCAGCUGUCGCAGCCGUCCUCGGACAUGAGCGAGGGCACCGUCUGGUAACACGUUCAACCACAUGGCACUCCAGGAUUAUGAAGGCAAAAUAUUUAUUUAUUUAUUCACGUAUUUAUUUGUUUAUUUAUUUAUGUGGUUAUUUAUUUAUGCUAAACUGCAACGUAUUUAUAAAUGUCUGCAUUUGUACAUUACUGUGCUAAAGUCCUCGGCCACUACCAGCUUUGAUUGUUGGCCUUGCUGAUGCUAAAUUUGGAUGGUUCUGUGACCUUUGACAUUUUGAAUGACAUGAACAUCAGCUGCCAUCUUCAUCAAGCAAAACCUGUUAUUUUCUACUAAACUUUUUAUAAUAGUCUCAACUAUUUGACGUUGUUCAAAAAAAUGGGAAACGUAUGAGAUGUGUUGGUUUAAAAAAAAUAGUUACUUGAAUUUGCCACAGACUUGUCUUAAAAACUGCUCUUUGACUCAGUUCAUUUUUUUCAGAAUAAAAGGCUCUGAAUCCUGCAUGACUUUGUCAUUUUUGUUAAGAUACGCAAAUAAUAAAAUGUUUAAAAAACUUUUUUUUCUUUUUUUUUUUUAAAUCAGAUUUUUUAAUAGGAUUUUAAUGAAUAAAAACUCGACACUUUAACCUGUAAAAGCAGUUUUUUUUCCCUUUUAACUUUUUCUGGUUAUUCAGCGUUAUAUGGCCAUUAUAGGGUUGAAAAAACAACAAAUCUAAUGGUAGCUGAAGACUUUUGCACAGCGCUGUACUAGGUUGUUUUGUUUUUAUCAUUUGACUCGUCACAUUCAUAAAUGCUGUCACACACAAGCAAUAAAACAAAAUGUACCUGAAAUAUUAACGUGAACAAACAAUGGUUUUACUCACAAACAGCAACCACUUCAAUUCAUUUAUAUAUCAUGUAAAGAAGCUAUAAUGAUUGUCAUGUUUAACAUAUUUGACCAAAAACCCUCUCUCUCAGGACUGUGGAAUCCUUGUUUUCAUUAGUGCAGCAUGUCCCUUUUUAAUGAUUUGAUGUUCAACACGCGUUUGCCUUCACAAAAGGAUCACUUUAUAAAAACCUGAAAAUUUUAUAUGUUAUAAAUCGCGUGACAUGAGUGAACUCUCGUGUAUAGAAUCACAGACAACUGUACAGAGAAGAGUCUACUGUUUACGUAAAAACUCCAGUGUUGAGGGGUUUGAAUUUCAGCGGUAUUGUGAAAUAAAAACCUUCAUUCAAACCAUUUAACACAAACAGAACCAAACUUUUGUAGCUGUUCUAUUUAUGUGGUGGCUCACUGUGCUAGUUUGUAUUAUGUCCUCAUUUCAUAAAAAUGGAAAUAUGAAUAAAUUGAUG